CUUAUAUAAAUUAACGUUAGAAAGAAUAAAGUUAAAGUUUCUGGUUUUUUUCUGUCUAACUUUGCAAAUCUGUGGAAGGAAAAAGAAUUAUUUGGUUAUCUACAAGAAAAAAUGGCUAGGACUGUGGCAAGGAGUGUUGCAGCUCCAUUGUUGUUUCUUAACUUAGUAAUGUAUUUUAUUGUUUUAGGUUUUGCUAGUUGGUGUCUUAACAGGUACAUUAAUGGCCAAACUAAUCAUCCUAGUUUUGGUGGAAAUGGAGCCACGUUGUUCUUUUUAGUGUUCGCGAUACUGGCGGCCGUGUUGGGAAUAAUAUCAAAGUUAAUGGGUGGAAAUCAUCUAAGGGUAUGGAGAAAUGACAGUCUUGCUGCUGCUGGUUCAUCAGCUAUUGUUGCAUGGGCUGUGACUGCUCUAGCUUUUGGGUUGGCAUGCAAAGAGAUAAAUAUAGGAGGAUGGAGAGGAUGGAGGCUUAGAGUACUUGAAGGAUUUGUGAUAGUUCUAGGGUUUACUCAACUGCUCUAUGUUCUAAUGCUUCAUGCCGGAUGGUUCAGCAGCCGUUACGGUCCCGGCUACCGGGAAACCGAAUAUGGUGCCGGCGCACCUGCCGGAGAAAAGGGCGCCGCCGCCGCCGUACCUGCAACGGGUGUGUAAUAAAGCUCGCUAAGCUACUCUGUAGUGAUAGAAUGUAAGCAGAAUAUCUAGUGUCUUUAGGUCUUUACUAGACUAUAUGUAAAUUUCUAAGCUUUUGGUCUUCUAUUGGACUGUGAAUUAUGUGUUUUACAUUUGUUAUCUACUCUAUGUAGAAUUAGGAAUGUGCUUUUGGGCAUUUGGGUAUUCUGUUAAGUUGGAUUGGCUUGUAACCAUGAAUUCGUGAUAUGUUGUAUUUUUGUGGAA